AUGGCAGCGCCAGAAGCACACAUUUCUCAGGGCCUGCCAGGUAACUAGCUAGCUAGUUCCUGCUUAUAACAUUACAUUCAUUACUUUAUUUGAUUUCCAGUAAGUGCAUGAAGUAAUGAGAUACCAUACUGUUUAUCUUCUUUCUGACACAGUGGGAGGAGAUAUCCCAGUAGAACAACAAAAGGGGAAGAAUGACAAUACACGGAGCACUCCAGAUAAAGACGCUCUGGUAGAGCAGAGCAACCAGACCCAGGAUUCCUCUUUACCCUCGAAUACACCAGGGGGUCAGGGCAGCCAGAAGGAGAUGGAGGAUUCAAAUACUGAAGGUGAGAGAAGCUACAAGUUAACCCCCAAAAAUAGUACCAUCCAAUUCCACGAUUGUCUUAUUGCAGGGCUCGACAUUAACGCUUGUCCUCUUGUCCGGGACAAGUAAAAAAAUUGUCGGACAACAAGAAUGUAGAUUUCAGUUGUCCAAAUGGACAAUUAAACAAAAUCACACGUCACAAUAUCAAGCAAUUUCUACGAUCAGAAUUGGAUCAGCGUGGCCAACAUUGGAAUAAUGUCGACUACAUAAAUAAAAUAAAAAGCCCACUUGUCAAAGUGUAUGUGAUAUGCAUAUUGUCUACAGCCUCAUGUCCAAACCAAUGUUGUACACUGAGUGUACAAAACAUUAAGAACACCUUUCUAAUAUUGAGUUGCACCCCCCCAGACAAUGCCCCUGUGGGGAGCGGUGAGAGAGGCUCUGAAGACUUUCACUAGGCACUGCUUGUUGUGUUCAUCCUCUGUUUUAAUGUUUCCUGUUGCACUAGUAAAAAAGCAGACGGAGCCCUCUGCUGCAGUGAUGGAACAGCCAGACAUUGACCCAGAGGAGAAGGACAACAAUGGCCCUGUGGGGAGCGGUGAGAGAGUCUCUGAAGAGGGAGAUGAAGAGGGAGCUGUAGAGCCCCGGUCCCAGACCCCACCCCUCGUCACAGACCAGAGGGCUACUAAAGAACGCAAAGAGUCGUCCGGUGAGACUGCCACUUCCUUUCUGUUUUCAUUGAUAACUAGGCAUUAGGUACUCUCUGACUGAUGUGAUGUGGCACUUGCAAUUCAAGGAAAUAGGCUAUAGUGUUUUUAAAAUUAUCCCUCAGGACUAAUUCUAAACCAUGUGCAACGUUGGUAGAAUCUUAUUCAAAAUGAUUCACAGCUGUAAUGGCUGCCAAGGUGCUUCCUCCAAGUAUUAACUCAGGGGUGUAAAGACACACGCAAUCAAGACUUCAGUUCUUAUUAUUUAUUUGGAAAAAUCUAUAAUUUCUUUCACUUUGAAAAUGUGUAGUAGGUUGUGUAGAUGGGUAGGAAAACCAUCUAAUUUCAUCCAUUUUUAGUUUUAAUUUGAAGGCAGCAAAAUGUGAAGACUGUGCAAGUAGUGUGUAGACUUUCACUAGGCACUGCUUGUUGUGUUCAUCCUCUGUUUUAAUGUUUCCUGUUGCACUAGUAAAAAAGCAGACGGAGCCCUCUGCUGCAGUGAUGGAACAGCCAGACAUUGACCCAGAGGAGAAGGACCAGGAUUCCUCUUUACUCUCAAAUACAUCAGGGGGUCAGGGGAGCCAGAACUCGGAGGAUUCUAAUACUGAAGGUGAGAAAAGUUCAAGGUUUCACCCCCCAAAAUGGUACCAUCCAAUUCCAUGGUCGUCUUAUUGCAGGGCUCGACAUUAAUGCUUGUCCUCUUGUCCGGGACAAGUAAAAAAAAAUUGUCGGACUAGAAGAAUAUAGAUUUGAGAUUUCCAAAUGGACAAUUAAAAAAAAAAAAUCACACAAAUCACAAUCUCAAGCAAUUUCUACGAUCAGAAUUGGAUCAGCGAGGCCAACAUUUGAAUAAUAUUCAAAUACGUUUUUUAUGUUGCCUACAUAAAUAAAAAAAAGCCUACAUGUCAAAGUGUAUGUGAUAUGCAUAUUAACUACAGCCUCGUGUCCAAACCAAUGAUGUACACUGAGUGUACAAAACAUUAAGGACACCUUUCUAAUAUUGAGUUGCAUCCCACCCCCGUUUGCCCUCAAUUCGCCUCAAUAAGUCGGGGGCAUUGACUCUGCAAGGUGUCGAAAGCAUUCCACAGGGAUGCUGGGCCAUACACUACCCAUGUCUCAAUUUUCUCAAGGCUUUAGACAAAAUCCUUCUUUAACCUGUCUCCUCCUCUUCAUCUACACUGAUUUGAAGUGGAUUGAACAAGUGACAUCAGUAAGGGAUCAUAGCUUUCACCUGGCCAGUCUAAAGCCCUAUUCGGACGGGAUAGGUUUUACUGGGGGUAGCUCAGGUAAUGUAAUUAUGUGCACGAGCACAAAUCACCACAUCCGUCAUUUUAGUCCCGUCCGAAUCUGCCAUGUCAGUCAUUUUUACUCGGCAGGAAGGUUAUUAUAACCGCCCUAAGAACCUACUGUUUUUCAGAAAACUCCCAAAGUCCUCUGAUAAUACUUAUCCCGUGCGAAUUGUCAUCCCUGUGUUUUGAGGUAUAUUACAGAGUUUAACAGGUGCUGCACCCAGUUUGGGUAAGAACAUGUGAACAAAUUUGAUGCUUAAAACAAAGUGCUAUGCACGUAGCCUACAUAUGAAUGAUCUGUUUUGUCAUAUAUCAGCUUUCCUAGUGCCAUACUUGUCUUUUUAAAAGAUGAAGUGGACGAUAUUGUGCCAAUGAGUCGAUGCAUUUCCAAAUACGUCAGGUAAUUUAAAUGUCUGCAUAGGUUACAGUUCAUGGUUCUUAUUGAUAUUCAUUAGUAUUUUGACUUUCUCCGAUCUUAAGGCCAUUAGGCCAAUAUUAGGCUAUCCCUAGACAUUUGAAAUGUCUUCACGCCUAUAUGACCCUCCAGGCUUCCGUCAUAACGGUACAUUGUGAAUGAGGGGGUGGGGGGGGGGGGGGGGAAGUAUUACAGGGGCAGUUUGGUAAAACUAAUCCCGUCCGAAUCCUCCGCUGGGAAAAACGGACAUGCUGGGAUAAUAAUUACAUAACCGACGUUCUAUAGUAAAACUUGCCCCGUGCGUAUAGGGCUUAUGUCAUGGAAAGAGCCAAGUAAAUUUGGUUAGGAAUCAUUGAUGGACAGAAAUAUUCAAACUGUGUUUCUAAUUUUCAAGCAAUGUUAAGUCAGGACUGAGACUGGAUUAUUCAUGACCACUGGAAUCCUAUUGGAAAGCCAAUCUGGGGUGUAACUGAAAAAUAAAACUAUCCCAGGUUUAGGUUUCCAGAAGACUGAGGUGGGUUUUCCUCUUAACGUUUUACCUGGGCUUUGCUCCUUUCAUAUUUAUUUUGAUCCUGACAAACUCCCCCAGUCCCUGUUGGUGACAAGCAUACCCAUAACAUGAUGCUGCCACCACAAUACUUGAAAAUGCAGAGGGUUUUACUCUGGUGUGUUGUAUUGGAUUUGACCCAAACCUGUAGUGUUUCAUUUAGUCCAAAAAGUUCAUUUCUUCGCCGUGUAGUCUUGCAGUACUCCUUAACGGCCUCGUUGCGAAAUAGAAUGGAUGAUUUGUUUCACUUUGGAAAUGUGUAGUAGGUUGUGUAGAUGGGUAGGAAAACCAUCUAAUUUCAUCCAUUUUUAGUUUUAAUUUGAAGGCAGCAAAAUGUGAAGACUGUGCAAGUAGUGUGUGGACUUUCACUAGGCACUGCUUGUUGUGUUCAUCCUCUGUUUUAAUGUUUCCUGUUGCACUAGUAAAAAAGCAGACGGAGCCCUCUGCUGCAGUGAUGGAACAGCCAGACAUUGACCCAGAGGAGAAGGACAACAAUGCCCCUGUGGGGUGCGUUGAGAGAGUCUCUGAAGAGGGAGAUGAAGAGGGAGAUGAAGAGGGAGCUGUAGAGCCCCGGUCCCAGACCCCACCCCUCGUCACAGACCAGAGGGCUACUAAAGAAUGCAAAGAGUCGUCCGGUAAGACUGCCACUUCCUUUCUGUUUUCAUUGAUUACUAGGCAUUAGGUAGUCUCUGACUGAUGUGAUGUGGCACUUGCAAUUCAAGGAAAUAGGCUAUAGUGUUUUUAAAAUUUCUUCCUCAGGACUAAUUCUAAACCAUGGAAAUCAGAACAACAAAUAACUGAAGCCUGUUUCUGCUUCUGCUUUUUCCACAGGUAAUGUGUCAAAGUUGAUGCUCGCUGGGAUUCUAGCGUUUCUGCUGGCCGUGGCGGUGAAUUUUUUCAGCUCUGAGUCUCUCUCUGAGAAAACCGAUUUCAACCGAACAGAGAUCUUCCUCAGAGAGAUGAAGAAGGUGGAGGCCCAGUUCCCCGGCCAGCGCUCUGAGCUGUGGAGGAGGAGCAGGAUCCACCUGGAGAGGCACCUCCAGACGGCCCAGCCCACAGAGCCAGUCAGCCUGAUGCUGACAGCAGGCCGCAGGGGGGAGAGGACGCUGCACUGCCUUGCCCUGCGCCUGGCCAACGCCGUCUCCUCUGCCCUCAACUCCUCCUCCAUCCUCCACAUCGACGGGGCCAGCAAGACUGGCCAGGACAGCGACCAGGUCAAGCUGGACAUCGACACCCAGCUGCGGGAUGCCUUCGAGGGGGACCAGCCCGUAGCCGUCGUCUACCGCUUUGAGGAGCUGCCCCCGGGCUCCACGAUCAUAUUCUACCGCUACUGUGACCACGAGAAUGCCGCCUACAAGGAGGCCUUGCUCAUCUUCACCGUGCUGCUGGGGGGCGAGGAGGAGCUGCCAGCCAGCCUGGGACUGAGUGCUGUGGAGGAGAUGGUGGAUGACCACCUCCAGGACAAGUUCCUCUCCUCUGACCAGCCGGCCGCCUAUGACAUGAUGGACCUGGACAAGUUCAGUGGUCUGUGGAGCCGUAUCUCCCACCUGGUCCUGCCGGUGGCAGCAGAGGAGACCAUAGAGCGGAGGGGCUGUGUGUAA